AUGUUAGACCUUCAGGUCACCAGUCUGCACUGUGAGAGCACAAGCCUCCUGGUCACCUCCACGCUGUCUCACCCCAUUAUCCUGGGCAUGCCAUGGAUGGAGUUACACAAUCCAGUCAUCUCAUGGGCAGACCACGAAAGCAUCCUGGUCCUGCCCAAGCCUAUCACAUCUGGACCAUUGGCCUCUCACUCCAUAGCCAGCACUCCCACAGAGCCCUUUGAAGUAGAGGGACAACUAGCCUACACUCUACACAUCAUCUUGGACUCACCUAGGCAGGAUGUGGGCCUCGAGUACCUAGUGGACUGGGAAGGUUUUAAGACUCCAUCACUACUCCAGCAAACGCAGAAGCAACCAGUCUUCAAUCCAGACAAAAUGGCAAGCAAACUGACUCCAGAGCAGAUCAGAGAGUAUAAAGGUGUGUUUGAAAUGUUCGAUGAGGAAGGGAAUGGGGAUGUGAAGACACAGGAGCUGGAGCGGCUGAUGAGUUUGAUGGGAAUCAACCCAACAAAGAGGGAGCUGAGUCAAAUGGCCAAAGAUGUGGAUAAAGAUGGCAAAGGCACAUUUAACUGUGACAGGUUUCUGGGUCUUAUGGCUCUUUACCAUGAGAGAACUAAAAACCAAGAUGCUGAGCUUCGAGCUGCCUUUAAAGUGUUUGAUAAGGAGGCCAAGGGCUACAUUGACUGGAAUACACUCAAGUAUGUGUUGAUGAAUGCUGGUGAACCUCUCAAUGAAGAAGAAGCAGAACAGAUGAUGAAGGAGGCUGACAAAGAUGGAGAUGGAACAAUUGAUUAUGAGGAAUUUGUUGCCAUGAUGACUGGAGACUCUUUCAAGAUGACCUGA